AUGGUUUUUGGAGAUGAAGCCACAAAUUCUGAAGCCACUUUGAAGACGGUGGCGGAGGGUCACCGACGCCUUGUGAUAACGGCGAAUAGCAAAAGCUGCGCCACCUGGGCCACCGGCCCCAGCGUAGGAGUUCCAAUUCCACCAAACGUGUUCCAGCAAGCCGAUGACGACAGUGUGAUAGAAGAGUACUAUGCUCCAGUUUCACCAGUAACCACCACCACCACACCCGUGGUCACCGGCGCCAGCACCAUCACCGGCAAUUUGAACCGGCCCUUGUUGGGAGAUCGGUGUGAUGUUGUACGUUGUUAUAGGAACAGGAACGUCAUCAAAAGAACACAGGUUAUGCCCAGCGGCCAACCACAGAAAUACAGCAAAUAUACAGAACCCGACACAGUCGACAAUUGGACCAACCCUUUGCCUACCACUACGAACGAAGGGAACGAGAUAACGAAGACCCGCCAACGGAUCAUCAAUAUCAAGUCGAUCAACGAGAUGAGGAAGAUUUACUGGAAGCACUGGAACUGGAACCCGCUGGCCCAGCUAUGGAUGAUGGAGACGGCGACGGGACACCAAAGGAUGGACACGGAGGCAUCGAAGACGGAGAUAUCGAGGCGAUGCCAAUAG